CCACUUUCCAUCCCUCGAGGCCGGCCAAUUCACGUACAUAUAUUCAUACAUCCACCGCGGCCCAUCUGCUUCUCAACUCUCGCUUAGCUUGACUCUGAACCGGAAUGGUCUCGACCAAGCAGAAGGCGAAGGAACCACUUCGAGCGACGCCACGGACGGCGCCACAACCACAACCUCAACCACAGCCGCCGCUGCCCUCGGCCCCUAACACGGAGAGCCUGAACGGGAAGAAAAAGAAGAAGAAGAAGGGGAAAGGGAAGGCUACUGCUGAGCACGAGGAUGCAUUCGCCGAUGGAGACUUGGAUUCGCCACCACUGGACUUUGAGGCUGACGAGGACGAGCUGGAGGAGGACCUCAAACGACAUGUCGCCGAUAUGGCGAGCGAUCUCGUCGAGUCUGGCGCCUUUGUGCACAACUACACUCAUUCGACCACGACCACGCACUCUGUCAACAUCCAACUCCCACUCCAGGGCGACACACUACACCGAAUUCCGAACACGACGGCUUCAGCAACAGAGGCGGCUCAAGCGGAACUGCUGGCGACUGCGAACGAGCUUUAUAGAAGGAUGGAUGCCGAUCCAGCGGGAGGACUAGGGAUAGCGUCGGACGAGGAGUACUGGGCGUCGUUGCCGGCGCAUAUACGCAACUUUGCGCAGGCUAUGUACGCCAUCGCACAACAGAUGGUGCAGACGGGCGCGGCAGCAGCAGCGGCUGCCGCCAACAACGCCUCGGAUCCUCACGCGGCGGCGGCGGAAGCGAUGAAGGCAGCGGGGGGUAAUCUACCAUCGGGGAUGGCAGGCUUAGCUGGGAUUGGUGUCGGUGUCGGUGUGGGGGUAGGAAUCGGACCGCCUGGUGGAGGAGGGAUGCCUGCUGGGUGGCCGAGUUCGCUGCAGCUGCCGGUGGACCCGUCGAUGUUCUCCGACGCGGCGUUCCACCUUGCGAUGGAGCAGGUCGCGACGGGCCGGUUCGACGAGCACGGCGUGCCGGAGUCGGUGUCGGUCGGGGAGGACGAUGAGGAGGAGGUGAGCUCGGACGGGGAGACGUUCGGAGUGCGCGCGUCGAGCAUGUUGAACACGACGAACGCGACGCAGGCCGAGGGCGAUCGGGAUGGGCGGUCCGGGGCCAAAAAUCGGAAAAAGAAAAAGAAACGGGCGGGGGUUGCCGAGAAGAUACCCACGGUGAGUGAGGAGAGGCCUGCGACCGAAAACGGGCUGGAAGGCUCAGUACGGCCAUUGAUGGCUCCCGCCCGCCAAAAUCGACAGGCACAUCCCCCGCCAGCCCAGACGACACAGUCCCAGACGCCGCAGACGACGACGACGACGACCAACACCCCUCAAGCGGCUCACCCCCCGCCACCGAACGUCGCCGCCGCAGCGGCGGCAGUCGCAACUCAUCCUCCCAGCUCCAGAGCAGCAGGCAAGCAACCAAUGAACUACGCUCAGCAGCAACAGCAGCAGCAACAGCAGCCUCAGCCUGCUCCUCCACCAGCAGCUCGGACAGCUCCAGCACCCCCGAGGCAGCCAUCGCACCAUCACAACCACGGUCGACACCCAUCGCCGCCGUCUUCCAACGCGUCCGGACACCGACCUCAACCGAAUGCAAAGUCUCACGGAGGCACGGGCGGUGGCACAACCAACAACAAGAUAUGGUCGACGUCUUCGAGCGAGGAACGGGAGCGCAUCAAGGAGUUCUGGCUUGCAUUAGGCGAGCAGGAGCGCCGGAACCUUGUCAAAGUCGAGAAGGAGGCCGUGCUGAAAAAGAUGAAGGAGCAGCAGAAACACUCCUGCUCCUGCGCCGUCUGUGGGAGGAAGCGAAACGCGAUAGAAGAAGAGCUCGAGGUACUGUACGAUGCUUAUUACGAGGAGCUAGAACAGUACGCGAACUACCAGCAGCGCUACGUCUCCUCCGGCGGCACACUCCCUCCCCCGCCCGGGCCCGGGCCCUUUCCCGGCUCCGUCGAGCUCGACAAGAACGGCGCCGUCGUCGGCCACCCGCAAGCGAACGCGAACGCGAACGCGAAAUCGCAGCAAGAUCGACAUCGGACGAAUCGGGCGGCGAAGGGUCAGCAGCCGGUUCAGCAGCAGCAACCGCAACAGCAACAACAAGUGACGCCACAGCAGCAACAGCCGGCGGUUAUGACGAACGGGAGGAAGGUGAAUGGGCAUCAUGCGCAGGUGAAUGGGAAGGAGGAGAGUGAGUUUGAUGAGGAUGAGGAGGCGGAGGACGAGUAUGAGGAUGAGGGAGAGUAUGAGGAGGAUGAGGAUGAAGAGGAUGAAGAGGAGGACGAGGAUGCAGAGGGAGAUGAGGAGGAGGACGAGGAUAAGGCUGCACGGAGAGCGAAUGGGAGGGCAGGGAGGAAGGCAGCGGAGGAGAAGCCGAAUGGGAGGGACAGUCUGUUCAACUUUGGCAACAGCUUGGCCGUUACGGGGAAUAUCUUGACCGUGGCGGACGAUCUGCUGAAGAACGACGGACAAAAGUUCCUGGAGAUGAUGGAGCAGCUCGCUGAGAGGCGGAUGCAGCGGGAAGAGGAGGCUACGCAAGAUGUAGAGGACGAAUCUGACGAGGAUGACGAGGAUGAAGAUGGCGAUGGCGAAGAUGACGAGAGUGAA